UUUUUAGUCUUUACUUAUCUUUUCUCUCUUUCAUGUCUUCAUUCUUCCCUCUCUUCCCAUUUCAAUUCAACCCGUCCACACAAGGACUCAAAUCCCUACCUGCCCUUUGUCCUUUUACUCUCCAUUUCAACGAUUCAAUUUGAAAGAGGGAAGAAAUGUUAAGUCAUUGUGAGAAGAUGAUCAUCUCUUCUCUCCCUAAUGAAUGGCCACAGGUUCCUCUCUCUCUCUCUCUCUCUCUCUCUAUCACAGUCAUGGACAGAUACAAACACACAACAUGUCUCAAUUAUUAUGAAACAUAACAUGACCAUUUUUGUUCCUUAGCUCUUGGAUGAGAAUAUUGAUGUUGGGUUCUUAUUUACUCUAUGUACCACCUUCUAAUCUUUCUUUCUUUCUUUCCUCUUCUUUUUGGUUGUUUUUGGUGCAACAACAGCAACAGCAGCAGCAGAUGAUAGAUGAGACGAGGUUAAUGGCUUCAAGUGGUAGAGGAAUGGAGAAACAAGCGCAAGAACAAGCACUCAAAUGCCCUCGUUGUGAUUCAUCAAAUACCAAAUUCUGUUACUACAACAACUACAGCUUAUCCCAACCAAGACACUUCUGUAAGGCCUGCAAACGUUAUUGGACUAGAGGGGGAACUCUUCGUAACGUGCCAGUCGGCGGAGGAUGCCGGAAAAACAAGAGGGUCAAGAGGUCUUCAUCAAAUGAAACUUCUUCUUCUUCUUCUUCAGCCCUUGGUACUCCAGUACCUUCCCCUCCUCUUGUCUCCACAACUUCCACUCACAUUAAUCCUUUGUUCUAUGGCAUACCCAAUAUGAGUACUCCUCCAGACAUUAAUAAUCUCCCCUUCUCAAGCUUCAAUUCUAGAGUCUCUAAUGGGGUUGAUCUCUUGCCUCAAUUGAAUGCUCUAGGGUUAGGUUUCUCAUCUGAAGAUUACAGAAACGGGUUCAAUCCUUCUAGUCAAAUCCAAGAUGUUAUUUCUACAAAUCCACUUCUUUCCAGCUAUUCUGCUCUUCUUGGGUCUUCUUCAGCUCCUUCAACAGCUUAUUUAAUUGCUUCAAGCCUUCAUCAACAGCAAAAGCUUAUGCAGAUUGGUGGGCUAAAAGAUAGGAAACCUAGUAAUCAUCAUUUUCAGGCUCUGUUACCCUUUGAGGAACUUCAAAUGGAAGUGAAAUUAGAAGAAAGGGAGAACAACAAUCGAUUCCCUUGCCAGAAUCCAAUUGAACCAAUUGGGUCAGCAGAUCCAUCUCUCUAUUGGAAUACAUCCACCUUUGGUACUAAUUGGGCUGACCUCAACAACUUUGGAUCUUCAGUCACCCCUUUAAUUUGAUUAAGCAAAUCUGUGACCAAUCUCAUCUGGUUCUUUCUUUC